AUGGUCGCCUCUCCUUCGACGAAGACCCCUCCUCCUUCGUGCAGCGAUGUUCUAGUAGAUUUCCCUGUCUCGCACGUCCUGCUGGUUACUAUCAAUCGGCCAAAGCAGAUGAACUCCCUGCCUGUAGCGGCAAGUUAUGAGUUAGAUAAGUUAUGGAAAUGGUUUGAUGAGGAGGACGAGCUUCGGGUAGCCAUCAUCACCGGAGCAGGAACGAAGGCUUUCUCAGCUGGUAUGGAUCUGAAAGAACGAGAAACCGCCUCCGCGACUACAGACAUCGGCGCCUGGAACAAAUUCUACCCCUCUUCAGGCUUCGCUGGACUCACGCGUCGCACCGGCAAGAAGCCCAUCAUCGCUGCUGUGAACGGCCACGCCCACGGCGGUGGCUUCGAAAUAGCACUGAACUCUGACCUCGUUCUCGCUUCACCGAACGCGGAUUUCCGCCUCCCAGACGUCCUCCGCGGUACCGCAGCUUUUGAAGGUGCAUUCCCGCGUAUCGUGAGGAACUUUGGGCUGCAGAGAGCGAUGUUACUUGCUCUGACAGGGUAUGUGUUGAGUGCGGAGGAGGCGAUGGGGUGGGGGUUUGUGGGGAAGAUUGUGGAAAGUGAGAAGUUGGUUGAGGAGGCUGUUAAGUUGGCGGGGUUGGUGGCGAGUAUGAGCCCAGAUAGUGUGCUUGUUAGUCGGAGUGGAGUCAGGGAAGGGUGGGAAGGGGGAAGUGUGGAGGAUGCGGUGAGGAAGACGGCGGAGACUUAUGCGGAGAGACUGAUGAGUGGGGAUAAUUUGAAGGAGGGAUUGAAAGCUUUUAAAGAGAGGAGGGAGCCGAAAUGGGUGCCUUCGAAGUUGUAA